GGGGGAUUAGGCAGAAGGUGCGCGCGGGCACGUGUCGGGGUGGGGGCGUCCAAGGAACCCGGGGGAUUCCGCGAAGAGGGCUCACAAUGGCAGCGCUCCGCGACGCCGCGCGGGUCGGGGACCAGCCCGGCCGCGAUGGGGAGCCCCGAGUCCCCGCGGCGGGCCCGGACAGUCCCGCUGGUGGCACCGGCCCCGCACGGUCGCGGGACUCCGGCCGCCGCUGGGGAGACCUGGUGCUGCGGCCGCUCGGGCGCUCCCGGAAACUUUCCUCGGCGCUGUGCGCGGGUUCCCUGUCGUUUCUGCUGGCCCUGCUGGUGAGGCUGGCGCGCGGAGAGAUCAGCCGCGAGCCGCAGCGGAGGGAGGCGGCGGAGGAAGCGGCCCCGGGCGCAGAAGGGGGCGUCGUCCCGGGGCUGCGGGGAGGUGCUCCUGGGGGCGGCGCGCCGCUCAGCCUCUGGCUGCAGCCCUCAGCGCUGCUCUUCAGUCUCGUGUGUGCCUUCUUCUGGAUGGGCUUGUGCCUCCUGCGCGCCGGGGUGCGCCUGCCUCUGGCCGUCGCCCUGCUGGCCGCCUGCUGCGGGGGGGAAGCGCUCGUCCAGAUUGGGCUGGGCGUCGGGGAGGAUCACUUACUGUCGCUGCCGGCCGCGGGGGUGGUGCUCAGCUGCUUGGCCGCCGCGACAUGGCUGGUGCUGAGGCUGAGGCUGGGCGUCCUCAUGAUCGCCUGGACUAGCGCGGUCAGGACCGUGUCCCUCAUUUCCUUAGAGAGGUUCAAGGUCGCCUGGAGACCUUACCUGGCGUACUUGGCCGGCGUGCUGGGGCUGCUCCUGGCCAGGUACGUGGAGCAAAUCUUGCCGCAGUCCGCGGGGGCGGCUCCGAGGGAGCAUUUCGGGUCCCAGCUCAUUGCUGGGACCAAGGAAGAUACCCCCGUGUUUAAGAGGAGGAGGCGGUCCAGCUCCGUGGUGUCCGCGGAGAUGUCCGGGUGCAGCAGCAAGUCGCAUCGUAGGACCUCCCUGCCCUGCAUACCGAGGGAACAGCUCAUGGGGCAUUCAGAAUGGGACCACAAGCGAGGGCCAAGAGGAUCACAGUCCUCAGGAACCAGUAUUACUGUGGAUAUUGCCGUGAUGGGGGAGGCUCACGGCCUCAUUACCGACCUCCUGGCAGACCCUUCACUGCCCCCCAACGUGUGCACAUCCUUGAGGGCAGUGAGCAACCUGCUAAGCACCCAGCUCACUUUCCAGGCGAUUCACAAGCCCCGCAUGAAUCCUGCUGUUUCCUUCAGUGACAACUAUACCUGUUCUGAUUCUGAGGAAAGCUCUGAAAAAGACAAGCUGGCUAUUCCCAAGCGCCUGAGAAGGAGUUUGCCUCCCGGUUUGUUGAGACGAGUUUCGUCGACUUGGACAACCACCACCUCAGCCACAGGCCUCCCCACUUUGGAGCCUGCGCCUGUACGGAGGGACCGGAGUGCUAGCAUCAAACUGCAGGAAGCAUCUCCAUCAAGUGCCGUUAGUCCCGAUUCUUGGAAUAACCCAGUGAUGAUGACCCUCACCAAAAGCAGAUCCUUCACUUCAACCUAUGCUGUUUCUGCAGCUAACCAUGUAAACUCAAAAAAGCCAAAUCGACCAGGUGCCCUAGCUAAAAUUUCACCUCUUUCAUCGCCCUGUUCCUCACCUCCCCAAGGGACUCCUGCCAGCAGCCCAGUCAGCAAAAUUUCUGCAGUGCGGUUUCCAGACUCUGCCAACACAACUGCCAGACUGGGCCUGGGUUCUCACAGGGCAUUAACUUAUACUCAGAGUGCCCCUGACCUGUCUCCUCAGAUCCUCCCUCCACCUGUUAUAUGUAGCAGCUGUGGCAGACCGUAUCCCCAAGGGAAUCCUGCAGACGGGCCCCUGGAGGGGAGCAGUGGAGCCAUUCGGACACCAAGCAGAACAGAUGACACUACUCAAGUUACCUCUGAUUAUGAAACCAACAACAACAGUGACAGCAGUGAUAUUGUACAGAAUGAAGAUGAGACUGAGUGCCUGAGAGAGCCUCGGAGGAAAGCUUCUGCUUGUGCUCCCUACUCGCCUGAGGCCAUGAUAUUCCUGGACAAGCCAAUUCUUGCUCCUGAACCUCUUGUCAUGGAUAACUUGGACUCAAUUAUGGAGCAGCUAAAUACUUGGAAUUUUCCAAUUUUUGAUUUGGUGGAAAAAAUAGGAAGAAAAUGUGGCCGUAUUCUUAGUCAGGUAUCAUACAGACUUUUUGAAGACAUGGGCCUCUUUGAAGCUUUCAAAAUUCCAGUUAGGGAAUUUAUGAAUUAUUUUCAUGCUUUGGAGAUUGGAUACAGGGAAAUUCCUUAUCAUAACAGAAUCCAUGCCACUGAUGUGUUACAUGCUGUGUGGUACCUUACUACCCAGCCAAUUCCAGGCCACUCCACUGUAAUUAAUGAUCCUGGGUCAGCAAGUGAUUCAGAUUCUGACAGUGGAUUUACACAUGGACAUAUGGGAUAUGUCUUCUCAAAAAUGUAUAAUGUGCCUGAUGAUAAAUACGGAUGUCUGUCUGGGAAUAUCCCUGCCUUAGAGUUAAUGGCAUUGUAUGUGGCCGCAGCCAUGCAUGAUUAUGAUCACCCAGGAAGGACAAACGCUUUCCUGGUUGCAACUAGUGCUCCUCAGGCGGUGCUCUAUAACGAUCGUUCUGUUUUGGAGAAUCAUCACGCAGCUGCUGCAUGGAAUCUUUUCAUGUCCCGGCCAGAGUACAACUUCUUAGUUAACCUUGACCAUGUGGAAUUUAAGCAUUUUCGUUUUCUUGUCAUUGAAGCAAUUCUGGCCACUGACCUGAAGAAACACUUUGAUUUUGUAGCCAAAUUUAAUGCCAAGGUGAAUGAUGAUGUUGGAAUAGAUUGGACCAAUGAAAAUGAUCGCCUCCUGGUUUGCCAAAUGUGUAUAAAGUUGGCUGAUAUCAAUGGGCCAGCUAAAUGCAAAGAGCUCCAUCUUCAGUGGACGGAGGGUAUUGUCAAUGAAUUUUAUGAACAGGGUGAUGAAGAGGCCAGCCUUGGGUUACCAAUAAGCCCCUUCAUGGACCGUUCUGCUCCUCAGUUGGCCAAUCUUCAGGAAUCCUUCAUCUCUCACAUUGUGGGUCCUCUGUGCAACUCCUAUGAUUCAGCAGGACUAAUGCCAGGGAAAUGGGUGGAAGAUAGUGAUGAGUCAGGAGAUACUGAUGACCCAGAAGAAGAAGAGGAGGAGGAAGCACCAAAUGAAGAGGAAACCUGUGAAAAUAAUGAAUCUCCAAGAAAGAAAACUUUCAAAAGGAGGAAGAUCUACUGUCAAAUAACUCAGCACCUCCUGCAGAACCACAAGAUGUGGAAGAGAGUCAUUGAAGAGGAGCAGCGGUUGGCAGGCAUAGAGAACCCGUCCCUGGACCCGUCCCCCCAGCCGCCUCCCUCAGAACAGAUCCAGGCCAUCAGGGAAGAAGAGGAAGAGAAAGGGAAGCCCAGAGGAGAGGAGAUCCCGGCUCCGGAGCAAAACCAGUGACAGUGGAUAUAAUGAGCUGUGUUUCCCAGCAGAGUGACUUGUCACAGACUCUUUUCAAGCCAGCACAACACUUAGACACAACACUGUAGAAAUAUGAGAAGAUGGGCAAACAGCUAUUGCAUUUUGGGAUUCUUCGCAUUUUGUGGGUUUAUUUUUACAGUGAGGUACAUUGUUAAAAACUCUUGCUCAGAGAAGCUUUCACAUUUGCAACACCAGCUUCUAAGGAUUUUUUUUAAGGAAGACCUAUAUAUGUGUGUGUGUAUAUAAGCUCGCACGUAGAUACAUGUAAAACAUAUUCACACACAUACACGCACACGCACAUGCACACUGAAAGCCAGGUUUCCUGGCGCCACCAUUUAGUAACAUUCAUGUUAAGAUAUAUAGUGCUCACUGUGAUAUAAUAAGUUAUAAAGGAAAAAAAUAAAGGAAAACAAAUCACAAAGGAAAUGGUGCGGCUUAGCAGGGAAACAGUGCAGGGAAUGUCAGUUCCCAACUAAGGAGCUUUAGCUCUUAGUAAUGACGGAUGAAAGUUCCAGAGCAUUAUUUGAGUUCUUAUACAUCCUGCCAACAUCGUGUGUGUGUGUGUGUGUGUGUGUGUGUGUGUGUGUGUGUGUGAGAGAGAGAGAGAGAGAGAGAGAGAGAGAGGAGUGAAAGGGUGCCUGUGUGUAUGUAUGUGUGUAUGUCCCAGAGAUUCUUUUGGUUUUAGUAGCUAAUAGAGUAGCUGCAGCAAAUGACUCUGCGCAUCUGAACAAAGAGAAGGUGGUUCACUCUGGAGUGUCUUUGAGAGGCAGCCGUGCCAAAUGCCUUCCUCCAUGUAGCUCCAGUACAGACCCCUCCCCAGAGGGAGGGUAGUCACAGGCUGGCGAGCGGGCCACGUGACUGGUACUACUGCCCAGGCACCACUUGGAGGCACUCCAUUGCCAGCCUUAAACCUGGAAGACAGGCAUUUUCCAAUCUCCUUGCCUAAUGAAUGUAUAGGAGCUGUUUGUGAGUAGGUCACUCACAGAAGAUUGAAUCACCUUUGUAAGGGAUUGGCCUUCUUUAUACGUAAAUACUUAAGAAGAAGCUGGAGACAGAUCUUUUCAUGAGGUUAGCAUUCUAAAACAUUGCCAGAGAAGACCUGGGGAAUUGCUCUAAUACAAUCGAUCUCCCAGGGUCUCAAUGUGCUGCAAAAUGUGUGGUAGAAAAGGAAGGAAGAAAAGCAAGAAGAACCUACAAUGGGAGGAUAUAUAGUGAGAGGUGAAGGGGGGAAAUUUCAACCCGGGGUUUGGUGUGUGUGGACAGAGUGAGAGACUGAUUCUUGGCAAUUGUUGAAGAUUGGCUUUGGGUGGCCAAGUUUCCACUGAGGGCCUGUUGUGGUGGCCGACGUGCUGUGGGAUGGGGUGGCUUCGAUCUGCAGUCUGGCCUCUUGUCAUGUUCCUUUGGGCAGGGAAGAUUAUGGAAGGAUUUGGGGGGACUGGGCCUAUUAUUGGAAGUCUUUUUUUUUUUUUUCUUAAUUUGUUUAUCUACACUUGUUUAUGCUGUGAGCCAAACCUCUAUUUAAAAAGUUGAUACUCACUUUCAAUAUUUUAUUUCAUAUUAUUAUAUUUGUCAUGAAUAGUUAUCUUGAUGUAAAUAUAAAGAUUUGUUUCUGUAGAUAGUAAACUCUUUUUAAAAAAAAAAAAAGGAAAAGGGAAACGUUUUUAUAAAGUAAUAUUUUAAUCACCAUUUGUAUACAUUGUAUCUAUCUCCAAGCCCCGUAAGAGAACGAUGACUCAUUUGCACGGAGGUCUAUGGACAGCCACUUAACUGCCUAUCCUAAUUUAAAUGAUAACCUGAUACAGUUAUUUUAUGCUAAUUAAAUGAGGAUGCCACAAAAAAGUUUUUUUUUUUUUUCCCUAGGAACUUUUACUACCUUUUGGGAAACUUUUGGGUCCAUGUCUCCCAAAGGGAAGGACUUUCUUAACCAAUACCAAAUUUUUAUGAUUGGUGUCCAUUUCUUGUCAACACUUUUUGAUCAUAACUCCUUCAAUACUAUGUAUGGAACUGCUCACCAAUGAAACAAUCUUAGUUUCUAAGUAGACCUUGAUGGUGAUUUCUAACUUUUAUUUCCUCUGACAUAAUAGAAAAGAGUGUUUACAUUUUAAAGAUUCCUUUGUUUCUCGUAAAUGAAUAUUCUUACCUCCCAAAGCAAUGAUUGUACAUUAACUGUGGCAUUUUCCAAACAAGGCAAAGAUAAUUCAAUCAAAAACAAACACUGUUUCAAGGCAAAUUUCCCAUUAAGUAAGAAAAUAUGAAAAGGCUCAAGUAGAUUGCAGACUCUACUUAAAUAAUGAGAAUAAUUUCCUGUUUUUUGACUUAACACUUGAGGUCUUCAUUAUUCAGGAUGUACUGAGUUGUUUUCCAUUUUCUUAGUGUUUCAACUACAUGUCUCAUGUUUGCAAAAAUUACUGUGAGUCAGAUGCAUUUGUUUCCCCAGUUACUUUAACUGCCCUCCUGCCCUUACCAAUAAGAGAAGAGGAAAAAAUAUUAUGCUCAUAUACCUCUUGCAUUUAAUUCCUUAACAAAACAAAUCUUUUCCCUUUCUCCUAAUGGCAUACAUAUCUAAAACACUCAUUAAGUCAAGGAGAAAUGGGAGUGUGGAGCAAGUGGGAUGACAGCCUAGCAGUUAAGAGUCUAGAAGCCUACAAGGGUAGGUUGGUCAAAGCUGGAAGGCCUCAAGUAGGGGCUAGCCUGGCUGUCAGAGUAGAGGUCUUACCAAACUACCUAGUUUCAUUUAUUUUGUUUUAAAGUACAUGAAGUACUGGUGGCCAAAGCACUUAGAACCACUUCAUUCCAGAAUUAUGUUCAUCAGUCCAGGCAGAUUGACCAUUUUUUCUUCAAAAAUAAAUUGCCAGUCUAUUAAAACUAAAAGUCCAUCGAAAUAAUAGAAUGAAGAUCAAUUAUGAGGCUUCCAUACACAUUCAUUACAUCCCAAAGGAAGCCUAGGGGCAUAAAAAGAUGGUUUCCGCUGAUGAUACUCUCCCCCUGCCUUGGUGACAGCAAUAUUCCCAUGUUCACUUCCAACUCUGGAGCUUACUCCCUGUGGUGCCAGCAUAUUUGUUGCCAUUUAUUACAUUUUUAUAUGAGCCUGUUUAUAGGUGCCAUUAGAUAAACUCAGGUCUCUCAAAUGAAGGAGUUUCUAGCCCAUUUAGGAAAAAGAAUAGUUGUAUAGAUAGCCAUAAAACCAAUGGUGGGAAAAUUGGGAACUGGUGACCUUGAUGCUAAGGCUUGGUUUCUGUUCAGGAAAAGACCAGGUAUCGUGUGAGCAUCACUGGUGUCAUUUCCAGCAUGCUCAUAGAUUGUCUUUUCAGUUAUCCAUCAAAGCCGACCUUUAUCCUUGGUGAAAACACCACUUUGGUUUUUUUCUAAGUGAUAAAAUUGUAUUUUUUGUCAUUUAUAAAAGACUUGGUUUUGCUCUCCAUAGAAGAUGAAGACAGUUUUGGAUAGAUCUGUGUUGGUCUUCAUCUGACAAGUGAAGGAAUGUCCUCAUAUUUAAGAAAAUACUCAUUUUCUAAAAGCAGAAUACCCAAUUCUGUCUGUUCCAUUUUGAUGGAAUUCCGAACAAAACCUAACCAUGGCAAUCUCAGUAAAACUAAAGGAAAGGGAUUGUAGAACAUGCAGACUGUUCAUAUUAUAUGUAUGUAUUGUGAUUUCCUCAUGUCCCCUGCCUCUCUUGAUUUGCAGUUUCCCAGUGUCCCCUGUCAUGUGCCCAGAGAACUUUCUUUGACAGUAAAAGCUGUGCAAAAGGCAUGAGACUCAGGCCUAUUCUUUGUUUAAAUGGUGGAAAAAUAUAAGUUAUUUUCUAAGUAAUAAAGAUAUGAAAAUUAUUGUAAAUAAAGUCUAAAGUUUGAAAUCACUGUUUUACAAAAGUGAGCUAUUUGUGUGAUGAGCAACUGUUGAGUAAUGAGAAGUGAAUAAUCAAAAACUCUUUUCUGUCCUACUUUGGCAGGUAUUUUUUGGUGGUUCUCUGUCAGUAUGGGGAUCUCCACUCUCCUCGCCUUUUAAAAUACUUGUAAAAUAAGAAUGAAAACCACAGUAAGGAUCUUACUAUCCUCUCUUCCAUCCUAACUCUGAGUCCCCACUUGAUGCCUUUCCUAGCUCAUAUGCCGCUUUGGAAAUAAACUGUUUUCUUUUCAAACUGGCAGAAGGCUCCAGUAAAACAGAGUUUUGUAAACUUUCAUAGUCUGGGGUAAAUCAAGAUUCCCCUCAUUCUAGAGAGUAUGAGCUACUGCAUAUGGAAAGAAAAUGUCAAUAAAAUUUCAAAUGCCAAUAGCUCAACUACAAACCACCAAGAGCUGAAAUAUAUAUAGUUUGAAACCAAACUGAGUUUCCUUUAUUCACCUUUUCUCCUAAUAAGCAACAAAAUACUUUAUGGUCAUUGUUCUAGGUCAUUCCUUUCUCUCAUGAUUUUUCUGAAAGGAAACUGAAUUUGCUGAUGUUGUUAGUCUGUGUAUCUAAUCUGUUCAAUGGAAUUCCACCUGAAGAUUAGGAAACCAAGUAACCAUUUUAGGUGAAGAGCAUUCCAAAAUAAAAUUACUCAUAGAACGUCUACUCAGAGCAAAUUAUGCAAGUUUUAGGUCCUAUAUUCAUAUUAGGUUGUUUCUCUAGAAUACCCAAAUUCUUACAACAAGUUUGGGAUGAAUUAACUAGACUAUAGCCUUAAAUUAAUGAAACUGGCAACAGUGCACUGAAUCACUUAACCUGAGGUUUGCUGGCACUUACCAUGUUCAGCACUGAUGACCCAUGGUCAGAGACAAGAACAGGGUUUUCAGUCUCCAUGAUACACUCUGGAUGGUAGGCCAUUUGUGUAUCACCAACACAUUUCAUUUGUUAAAAUGAUGCUGCUUUUACCUUACCUAAUGGUGCUUUUAUCUCACCUGAAGUGAUCUUUAUGUUCAUACUAUGAAAUCAUUCUAACAGCAGGUUAACGAUGAUGACCCAGAAGAAUUGGGUAUUUUGUUGCAAAAUACAUUUGGAGAUCCAAAACUGACCAUUAAAGCUUUAUAAUUUGGUGGAACUCAGUGUUCACAUCUGCAGAUUCAAAAAUACUGAUCCACUAUAAAUUAUUCAAGUGUAAUAAGAUUAUACAUGGAUUAUGUAGAGAUGGAAAACAAAAUUAGUUUUUGGCAUAUGCUUCAAGCUCUAAAAAGAGCCGAAUUUCCUAUCUAAGGGCAGCUGGUUCUUCAUAUUAUACUUCUGAGGUUGAUUGCUUUGACAGGCAUUGGUAUUCAUGGAUUUCUGCUUCCCUGAGGAGUGGUGGAACAGAGAAGAGAAGUCAAGCCGUCGCCUUCUUGAUAAAUCCUGAACAUGUUCAGAAAGGUUUCCUCAUUGCUUCGCAUCAGUUUGGUCAUGCAAAUAAUUCAAUCAAAAAAAUGCUUCAAAGAGAGUAAUAUUAAAUCAUCCUAUGUAAGUACUAUCAAGAAUAUUUAAAUUUGAUUAAGCAUUUGAACCAAAGCUGUUUAAAAUAUUGUUUUUUUUAAUUUGACUAAAAACUCACAAAAUGACAUUCCAUGGUAUAGAGAUGCUAAAUACAUUAGUAUAAUCAGAACUACUAUUGUGUAACAAAACUGGAAAGAAUAUUUAAUUCUUUUUCUAAUGUAUGUCAUGCCUCAGGGAGGCAAAUGCUUUAUGGAGGGUCCAAGAAAUACAUGAAAUAGAUAAAAAUAAAGUUAGUCCCUAUAGUUUAAUUAGGUUAAGUGUACAAAUUAUAGGCCUGUGUUGUUCUGGGUUUUCCCAAGGGAAAAAAAUGUAUUAUUAUCCAGCAAUUUAUCUUGGAUUAGAUUGUUUUUAGAAUAAGUGGUCUAUUAACAUAGAUUACAUUUUGCUAAGUUAUAACACACUGAAAAUGCCAAAUACUUACCUUCAUUACUAAGAAAAAUUACAUCUUAUUAAUCUUGACUUUCACAGAUGAAGCACUGACCAGGCAAUAAUCCACACCCACUGCUUCAUCUACCAAGACUGAUCAAAUGGUAGGUUGGAAUUUGUAAUUCAUUAAUAGAAAAGUAAUUAAAAAACUAUUUUAAAACUUUACUGCCUUAACUAAAAUUUCAGUGUCAAUAGAAGUGCUUCUUAAUGAAAAAAAAAAAAAUGUAGCAGGAAAUUCUCCCUUCCCUCUUACAAAAAAAAACAAAACAAAA